CGUAGCGUUCCCGCCCCGGAGCCGCCCCCCGCCGGCGGCCGGUGCGGAGCUGGGGGUGCGGCGCGGCGCCGUGCGGGCGGGGGGACCGCGGCCAUGGUGGAGCGCGCAGACGAGGCGCCGCUGCUCUUCUGGGCCGAGGGCCCCGCCGUGUCGGCGCCGCCGCCCGCGGCCGAAGCGGACAGUGGCGGCGGCGGGCGGCGGCUCGGCGGCGGCUGGAGCGCGGGUCCGUGGGGCGACGCGGGGCCGGCGGAGGCGGCGGGGCCGGCGCGAACGGAGGCGGAGGAGGACCAGAUCGUGGCCGUCUUCGUGGUCACCUUCGACCCCCGCACGGGCAACAUGGUGGAGUGGUGUUUGCCCCAAGAUAUUGAUUUGGAAGGUGUGGAAUUCAAAUCCAUGGCAAGCGGGUCUCACAAAAUCCAGUCAGAUUUCAUUUAUUUCCGGAAAGGGCUCUGUUUUGGUCUGGCUUGCUUUGCCAACAUGCCCGUGGAGAGUGAGUUAGAGCGUGGUGCCCGCAUGAAGUCCGUGGGGAUUCUCUCCCCCUCCUACACCCUGCUGUAUAGGUACAUGCACUUCCUGGAGAACCAGGUCAGACACCAGCUGGAGAUGCCAGGGCACUACUCCCAUCUAGAGGCGUUCUAUGAUGACAAGAAAGGAGUUCUCCCUGAUAGCAAGGGCACCCCCACCUCUCAGCAACCUGUCCACUGGCUGCCGUCCAUCCACAGAUACAUGUACCCAGAGAUGAAGAUCACACACCCUGCUGGCUGUAUGUCUCAGUUCAUCAAAUUCUUCGGUGAGCAGAUCCUCGUCCUCUGGAAGUUUGCCCUGCUGCGCAAGCGCAUAUUAAUAUUUUCACCGCCCCCAGUUGGAGUUGUCUGCUAUAGAGUGUACUGCUGCUGUUGCCUUGCCAAUGUUUCUCUGCCUGGUCUUGGAGGAACUGUCCCAGAGUCCAAACCAUUCUUUUAUGUGAAUGUGGCAGACAUAGAAAUGCUGGAGACGGAAGUAUCAUAUGUGGCCUGUACAACAGAAAAGAUCUUUGAGGAGAAACGGGAUCUCUAUGAUGUCUAUGUGGACAACCAGAAUGUGAAGACACAUCAUGAACAUCUGCAACCACUCCUGAAAAUAAACAAUGCUGACAAGGAGAAGUACCGACGGCUCAAUGACCAGAGGCAGAUGUUAAUGUAUUCUCAAGAAGUGGGUGAGGACUGUAGCUCCUGUGAAGAGGACCUUUUCAUCUUGUUUUUCAUGGAGCAGAACAACCGUAUAUUUCAGACGCUGAUGGAGGUGUCAGCCAGCCAGGACAAGACACUGACAGCUGACCACGCGCGAGGCAUGGGCCUGGAUCCCCAAGGGGAUCGAAGUUUCCUUAUGGACCUGCUGGAAGUGUAUGGCAUUGAUGUUAUGCUAGUCAUUGACAACCCCUGUUGCACCUAAACCAAGGGCAAGAGAGACGGGGAGCAAAGAUCCACUUUUUAAAGACUACCAGACAUUGCUUAGGAGGAUCACUGGAACUCACCACAGCCACUGGACGGAUCUUGUUUUAUUUAAUAACUUUAUAUGGAGAGUAUUUAUAAUUUUAAAACAAAAUGUGAUUUUUAUUUUCUCCCCUUCAACGUCCCAAUGAGUACCUCCUCCAGGCUUUUUGUUUGUUAUUGUCUCCCAUUCUUUUGUGGUUUUGUUUUGUUUAGAUAGGACCAGUGGCAUCCUCACUGUUGCCAGUGAUAGCUAGGUUUUUGCCUAACCUGGAUACCUGAGGGCUGAAGACUUCAGGAAAGCACUUUGUCUGGAUGGGGACCAGUGUGAAAAGCUGUAGCUGAGCCCUAAAGACUCGACUGGAAAACCCUCCUAUCAUCCCCCUCUUCCACUUGGGGACUGAAGAGAGCUUCAUAAAACAUUUCCUGUCCUACCAUGUUUAUUGGUGGGGACAGUUAAACCAAUGAUAAAAAAAAGGACUCCUUUAAACACCCCUCACCCAGCUUUUAGCAGCUGAAUUGGAAUGGCAGAAGCAAGUCUGGGAUAAGGGGGUGCUACAGGAUCUUCUAUGACUUUACUUACCAGAGUGGCAUGGUUUCACUUCCAGCAUUUGAGAUGGUAUAAACUGGCAAAGACUAUACCUGCCUAUUUCAUAGCUGGAGAAGAGCACUAUCUCUGCUUAAUCCAUUCCUUCUACAUCCUCUGGUUUUCAGUUGCAUCACACCUGCUGCUUCGGUUCAAAAUCUUCAAACCAGCAAGACGGUUUCCCAUUUAACAGGGGCCAACAUCACUGAGCCACCUUGCAGUUGCCAUGCUCUCCAGCCUCAGCUCAGAUGGCGCUGGGCAGGACUGGGUUGAAUAAGUAUGCUCUAACUAAUGUCCCUAGCCCUUCCUUUGUAGCAGAUGGUGCUUGUCACUCCUUUGCUUUAACAUUGUCUGUUGAUCCUCUUUUUGUCGCGCAGCCUUCAGCACUGCCUGCCACUGUCCUUGGCUUUAUGUGAGACGAGAACAGUAUGUGACCUUUCAGCUGGAACAGCUUUGCAGUUCGCAGGGGGUUCACUUGGCCUUAGGGGUUCUUAACUGGCACAGCUGCUAAAAGCAAUGUCUAACAGCCUUUCUUUUUUAUUUCCCUGAGCAGAAAAGCUGUAGAACCACAUGAACAGUGUUUCUCAUUCUUGUGCUGUAGAAAGAACAGGAUUCAGUUCACGCAGAGCCAACGGUUCCCUUCAGGAUGGCUACCCCUGUAAGAGUAAUCCAGGAAUGAUACUGUGGGUUCUUGGCGUGACAUACCACUUUGCCCAAAAUCCUUCAGCCAGUAGCAGCAUCAGGUUUAGGCUAACUGUUCUUCCUGAACUGUGGCUACAGCUAAUUACCUGCUGCUUCUACCAUAAUAGACUUCAGCACCCUUGGAGCCUUUUUGCAGUUUGUAGAAAUACAAACUGUAGCUGAUGUACCCAUUUAGCCUGGCAUUUUAUAGGAUGAGACAAGAGCCUCAACCACCAGAGUCUCACCCACUAGUUCUUUUUAAAAUAGGUGAAGCAAACGUUCUCCAAGCAGACCUUCUGCGGUUUGUCUCCCUCUGGAAGGAAGGAGGCUGGCACGUCCUAUUUUUCCUUGAAGGCUGCGUGCAGCAAAGGGGUAAUUUUACUUGCUGUGGAUCCAGAGGCUUUAGUGAGGUGUGGGAUCAGGGGCCUCACAAGGCUUCUUGCACACUUUAUUGGUAUGAGCUUCAGUGUAUUAUGUUCUUGUGGUCUGGCUGUCUCUAAGCGGUUCCUCCCUUGCCUACUUUUUCAGGGCUUUGGAUGUUUUUGUACAGGGGAAAACGCUGCUGCUUACAUUGCCAGUUGCUCACAACUGUAACAUAAUGAUCCUUAAAUCUUUGGGGAAAAAAUGAAGAAAGAGGAAGAAAAUGGAGCUCAAUAUCACGUAAUUGGAAAGACCAGUCUAUUAAGGAAGGACUGAUUUUAAAGUGACACCUCUAACAUAAAAGUGGCCUGCAAUCUCCAUUCUUUUUUUUUCUCAUUUCUACUUUAGGUUUAACAUGCUGUUUGCAGUGAAGAUCCCCAAGGAAGUAGAGCUGACACUUACUUAACUUCCUUCAGAUAUAAAAAAAGGAACUGAAAUUGGUCUCUAGCAAUUCUUCCUCUCACUUUCUUAAAGGCUUGCUACAUAGUUUAGCUGUGGUCAGCUGUAAAUGACUUUCUAUUUUCUUUGAUGUCAGUAGUUCUCCUGAACUAAAUAGGAACAAACCUUUAGUUUGUUGCUGAAAUUUUACAGCCUUUGCAGUCAGAGGCUUUCUAACACCUUGCAUUGGCGUGCUACGUUCACAAGCUGUCAGAACAUCAGGUCUACUAGACAGCGCUGCUAGAGCCCAGCAAGCAGAACCUCGCGAGAUUAGUAUUUGACAUUUAUUAAACCUUUGCUUUUCAGGAACUAGGUUUUCAGUUGCAAGCAGUAGCGUGGGUGCAGAAGCAUCAAAGCAAGCAGAUUACUGUAAAAGUAGCAUCCAUGCUACUUCCCAGCUGGAUGGCUACCGCCUAUUUUGCUCUUCCUUGUAAUUUUGCUUCUCUACAGCCUCUCUUGGCAGGUGACCGCUACAAAAGUCAGGAAUUUGCCAGACAGAAAACAGAACAAAAAGACUUAUCUGUCCUAACCUUUUUUGAUUCACUGCGAAAGGACUUUCCACCUGCACCUUCCUUUUCUAAUAGACACUACUUUUAUUGUUAUCACAUGUGGAAAAUCCUUGGUAAAUGUGUAACACAAAUAGCCACAGCUUGGGCCAUGAAGGCUUGAUCAGCAGGCAUUUUCUGUGUGGAACCAGCUUCACUGAAUCUUGCCCUUCCAGAAGAUUAUAACAUAAUUUAAGGUAAAAGAACUAAGUACAGACAUUUAAAGUUCCCUCCUUGACACUUGCUAGUUGCUUUUUUCAACACUAGCAGCUGGAACAGAGGCAGUUAGUUGGUGUGUUUUGAAUUAAAGGAGGGAGGAAAGUGUGGCGUAAGGUAGGAGAUUGCUGAUUACUGCGAAACCCUCUUCUGUGUUUGAAGUACUUUGCCAUUACAGUGGUGCCUUUAAUUUCUUUGGUGUGAUAUCUCUGGUCAGUUGCUUGUGAUCAGAGCCCAGGCUGAAUGGUGGUUACAGUAACCAGGUAUGUCCUGUGCCCUGGUAGACAAAAUCUGGGAUGUUCCUCUCUAACGCCCAAGUCAUAGUACAGCUAUUGGAGCUUCUCAGUUGGUACUUGUUUGAGUUUAGGCAGGAGAGUAAGAGCUUCAUAGCUGCAUCUUAACACAACUGGCACUUGAAAUGUAUAAUCAAGUAAUGAAUUACUAUUGCACAUACAAUCUAGAUUGGAGGGUAAAACCUGAGAAAUAGAAGCUAGGUUUUUCAAUCUGAACAAAGGAUACCCUGCCAGAUACUUAAAUCAUGCAGAAGUCUUUUCACUGCAAGGUUAGGCCAAGCUGCAUAGAGACAAGUACAAUGAAAACUGUAAUGGAUACUAGGAGAAGGGAAUUUUACUGAAUUAAGAGUUCAGAUUUCUUUUCUAGCAUAUACAAAGUAGUCACUCUCAUGUAUGUGAGAGCUAAUGGUCAUGGUUGUCACAGGAGAGGAGCUCACGUAGCCAGCAUCCUUACGGGCAGAAGAAAGUUCCAUCACAUUUUCAAGAGAAAGCAGCUUACUCUACAGCUUCUUCCAUUUUAAGAUUAACGGGCAAAAAUGCAAAAAGCGGCCCCCUUGGUGACAGACUAUGCAAGGGACAGGCAUGCUUUGCUCUGGGAGGGGGAAAGACAGUGGUUUCUGGAAUAAGAAGAGGGCAAAAGCACUCUGCACUACUGCAAAAGUUUAGGCACAAAGCAUGUGUACUAACCCAAAUUCUCUCCUCAUAACUCUAAGUUACUUGCAGUCUCCUUUCUGUGCCCCCACUGUCCAAGCUAGUGGCCUAGUGAUUAUGGGAGAAGACAAUACAAACGUCUUUUGCAAGGGAGUGGAAUGUACUGACUUAACAGAAUGAUAUGUCUGUCUAGAACAGGGUACAGAAUGCCUGUGAACCAGAAUUUCAGGUCUUGGUUAAUGCAACGUGCCAUUCAAAUGGGAAUGUUUAAUUGUGGUUAAAAUAAACAGGUGCCUUGGGCUGGUCCAUCAUGAGGCUGCUAUCCUUUUUAUUUAUGUUACAGUAUUUUCAGUUCUUCUAGAAAGGACUGGAAGUUGAAGCCAGGAUAAGUAUUUUCACAAGUGGGAUGUGGGAUUCUACUCCUCUUUCCUGUCUUUGUAUACAAAGAAAGUUGUCUGUCUUGCUGUCAGACAGAAACAUAAGAACUAAGUCCAUUCCUCAACACCAUAGGCAAUGGGUUCAGUGUAUGUAAUAGUCCCCUCACAUCUCCCCUCAGAAUGUUGCAUUUCAGAGGUCUAGAACCAGCCCAUACUGAGAGACCUCUGAACUGUAGAGGAAGGGGAAAAAUUACUUGAAUGGUAUUUAUACAAGCUACUCAACUUCUGCUGAUAUGAACACACUAAUAGCAGCUUGUGUCUCAGAUGAAUCUUGGUACUUUAACAUCACAACAGCAUUAACAGCACCAAUUCUGAAGGGAGCUCUUGGUUACCCUCAAGCAAGGAAUCACAUUGCAAUGGGAGCCCGGCAUCUGAUACUAUGGAAGAGAAUUUGUCAUAUUGCCUGUAAAAUUGUGCAGAUGAACCAGAAGCUAGUGCCCGUCAUCUCACCCCUUGCACCAGGCUGGUUGUAGUUCUAACACCUCUGAUGUUUGCAUCUUGCAGAUGUGUGGUUGCUCCCAUAGGCCUGUGGCUGUGUAGAGAAACUGCUUACUAAAAAACAUGGGUAUUUUUUAAUACAAUUAAAGCUUACCUUUUUGAAA